AUGGCCACCAUCGAGCCACGGCUUAUCCACCUCCUCAACGGCCCUGAGCCUGAGGCCUUGCCGCCCAUCCAACAGUCCUCGUCCUCGACUGCGGCGCCGGGUCCUCCCAUCUCGCUCCCGCCGCUCGAGCCAGAGUUAAAGUCCAGCUGUAAGGUAGACAUUGCCAUCCCAACUCGACUUACGCCGCGUCGUGCUGCCAGUGACGACCAUCUCACGAGACCGCCCCCUCGGUCAGACGAUAACUCAAGCGCCCUGCUUACCGCGUCUGUCGUGCCCCUCCAGUUACUGCUCAGCGAGUCGGAGCCAGCAGUUCCAGGGAUUCCGCUCAGCAAGAUCGUAGACGAUGUUCCCCCUGAAACGCAAGAAGAUGGCUCUAAGAAACGGCAUCUCACGCCUAAUGCCAAAGAUGACUUUGUUCAGCUACCAAAACUGCCUAAGAAACGGAAGUCCACGCAGCAGUUGCCCCCGAUUGUCCCUCCGCUUGUGCAACCCCCGCCCGAUCCCGCAGUCUUCCCCCCUAUCGCCUCGGCGCCGCUUGGCGAGAGCGAAACGUUCAAUUUUGGGUCAUUGAAAGAUUUUGGAAGCAAUACUGUCGCCAGUGGUCCCGAAGACCGCUCCGCCCCUGCCGCUGUUUCUCAGGAAGAGCCGAAGCCAACUACGACUACAAAACCAAAAAGACGUGCCAUGAAGCCAAGGAAGAAGUGGACUGAAGAGGAGACCAACAAUCUGCUGCUUGGUGUGAGCCGCUAUGGUGUAGGAAGAUGGACCAGCAUCCUUGAGGAUCCCGACUUUGAGUUCAACGGCCGGACUGCUGGUGACUUGAAGGAUCGGUUCAGAACCUGCUGCCCAGACGAGUUGCGAGUGACAACUGACGACGAACGUCCUACGAAUGGGAGCAAGGGGUUGAAGGACGAUGCGAAGCCAAAAAACAAGGCAGACCUUGGCAAUAUCUUGAUCCAAGGUGAAGAGGGAGACGCGACCGAGCCAUCUGGUCCUCCGGACUCUGAUGAGCAACCAAAGCGUAGAAAGAGCAGGACACAUCGCAAGAAGCUCGAGGAUCUCGCACAAUUGGGCAUCCAUGGUCCUUUUGAGAAAUCUCAUCGUCGCAAGCGCCGGCCGUUCACCCAGCAAGAUGACGAUGAGAUCCUUGACGGGCUUCGUCAGUAUGGUGCAUCUUGGUCGCGCAUCCAACGUGACCCCAACUACCACCUCUCAAGCCGCCAGCCAACGGACCUCCGAGACCGUGUUCGGAAUAAGUAUCCGGAGAUCUACGCCCAGAUUGAGAAAGCCAAUAUGUUGGCUAAAGAGGCUGCCCGCGCUGCUGGCGGUAGUGGGAAAUGCACUGUUAGCGCCAGCGUCCUUGAGCCUCUCAUAAACAAUGCUGCUAGGAUGUCUCUUGACCGCAAAUCUUAUCAUCACCACCACCUGAACCGGUCUCGCUCGAAGGAGGAAAUGCCGGUAUCACAGAGACAACCCAUGACUGAGAAAACGCUCAGUGCGUAUGGGUCAACAGAGUCAUUGCCCGCCUUAAACGAAUUGUUCGAUCUGAGCGGCAACAGCGCUGUCCCUGGAAGCGAACUUUCUAUCGCUGCUAGCGCUGGUCGAGCGACGUCUUCUGCGGCGUUCCUUAGGGCAACAACAGGAAGACCUACUGGAACUACUUCCGAAAUGGAUGUCACACCUGUCGGUACUGCUGUGAGCAGCGGGGGUCAUUCUUCUGCUCCUGUACAACCCGUUCCUUCCUCUAUAGCCACCUCAGCGGUGGCAAGUCGAGAAGAGAGCUCAAGCACUGUCCUACCUGAGCUGCCCAGACUCCCUAGCAUCCAACCUCCUCAGGAGGAUUCUCGCCACACAGGCUUCGGUGUUACUGGGGUGUUCCCCUCAAGGUUAAGGAAUCCUGGAUGGGCACCGUCUUAA